UGUAUCACACAGUAAAAUGUUUGUGACUGUAUUGAGGAAUUCGAUGCUUUCAUACUUCCUUCGCUCAUGAUCGCUCGUUCAGUCUUUCGGCUUCGGUAGCAUUUGGAGUGCGUGGGAGGACUGGAGGAGGAGGAUCGUCGCUUUACGAUCAAGCGAAUUUAUUUUUUAGUUAGUCUUUGUGACGAUAAAAUAAAUGAUUACUUCCAACAACACUUUUAACUCUGCUGACAAUUACCAGCGCUUCGACGACGAUGCAAAUCCAAAUUACGGACAGGAUGGCUACGGAUCCAGUCCCAACUAUGGGUCUAUCUUGUCUUGCCCUUCCUCAGACAGUCGAGCAAGAAUAUCUUCGAGGGCUAGCAAUGAGACUCCUAAUGAAUUGGGCCACAGGAUAGGACUAGACACAUUAGGAGGUGAAGCUUUGAACGAAAAUGCAGCACUUGCUAGGCAGGUUGUGACCAUGGAUACGGAAAUGUACUGGGAAAUGAACUAUCACGAAGCUGCCAUUUUUUUAGAAGAAGGAAGAAACAACGAAAAAUUCGAUUCACACCCGAGGCAUCCUGAGGAUUUACCAGCUUAUUUGCUGGUUCACAAUGGGUGGUACUAUGGCCUCGAUUUGUUAACAUCUUUACUUUUGCUAGCCUUAGCAUUCGUCGAAGAACCAGCAGUUCCUCUUUUUAAGUUACCGGUCUGGGCACAUGGAACAAUAGAGCUUCUAGCUUUGACCACAAUUGGCGUCGAAUUAACUUUAAAAUUAAGAUGGAUAGGAUGGGGUACAAUGUUGAAACAUAAACGAACAAUGCUAAAGUGUAUUACAUUGGUAAUUAUGUUUAUGGAGGCCUUGACAAUCUUGGUUCGGCAGUCUUCGCAUUUUCGAGUGACUCGGGCGCUGAGGCCGAUUUUUCUCGUGGACACAAAAUACUGCGGAGGUGUGCGAAGAUUCAUUCGGCAAAUCUUGUUCACUCUUCCACCAAUUCUGGACAUGCUGGGACUUCUCCUCUUUUUUAUAACGACUUACAUGGUUCUUGGGUAUUAUAUGUUCAACGAAAUGAACACUCACUUUGCUACUCUGCAAGACAGCUUUGUCAGUCUCUUUGUUCUACUGACGACGGCCAAUUUCCCGGAUGUAAUGAUGCAGUCGUAUUCGAAGAAUAAAUGGUACGCCAUAUACUUCGUGUCCUACCUUUGCACGAUGCUCUACGUCAUGAUGAAUCUCAUGUUAGCCGUUGUCAAUGAGACAUUUACGUCCGCCCAAAGAGACAAAUUUAAGAAGCUGUUCCUCCACAAAAGAAAAGCUUGUCAGCAUGCUUUCAAGCUCUUAGUUUCCAAACAAAAUCCUGACAAGAUGAGUUUCCGUCAGUUCGAGGGUUUAAUGCGAUAUUAUGCUCCAAAGAAAUCUUUCAGAGAUGUGGUCUUGAUGUUUCGACUCAUGAAUGCUUCGGGUACGGGCACCCUAAGUACGGAAGAAUUUCUUUCCGUUUACGAUGUGACGGUUCUUUGCUGGGAACCUCAGUAUUCCAGUAUCCCCUGGUAUCAUGCAGCUUGGAGACCGUUACAGUUCCUCUGCCAAGGAGCAAACAUAGCUAUUUCAUGGCCCUACUUUGAGUCACUUAUAUAUGCUGUCAUCGUUGGAAAUGGAAUAGCGAUGGUGGUUCGACUGCUAGAACCAAUCGAAAGUCGACUUGACUCGGCACACAAGUUCGCAGCAUGCUGGGACUCAUUUCUAUUUGGUGGAACUUUUGCAGCUGAAGCUCUGACGAAGGUUCUAGGCCUUGGUGUAAGAAGAUAUCUCAGUUCCGGAUGGAAUCUGUUCGAUUUAGGUGCAUCGAUCAUGACCCUUGUUGGUGCACUGAUUCUAACACUCUUUCCCACGGCAACAUUCUUCGUAGUUUUCAGACCACUGAGAAUGCUGAGACUUUUUAAAAUCAAAAAAAGAUAUAGAGAUGUUUUUGGAACAUUGGUAAUUUUGACUCCUCUUAUGUGCUCCGCUGCAAUCGUGAUGCUCGUUUUGUAUUACUUCUUCGCCAUCAUCGGAAUGGAACUUUUUGCUGGAUACGAUAUGCGAAAUUGCUGCAAGAAUACGACAGUUGAGGACUUUUACAAGUACUCAGUAAAUGAAACUACGAGCUUGGGAUAUUAUUAUCUCAACACUUUCGACAAUUUAGUAGCGAGCGGAAUGACACUCUUCGAAUUAACGGUUGUCAAUAAUUGGUUCAUAUUGAUGAACGCCUAUGCUCUUAUUGUUGGCAAUUAUACACGAGCGUACUUCAUGGUCUUUUACUUGGUGACCAUGAUUGUUUUAACGAUCGUCGUGUCCAGUUUCCUCGAAGCAUUCAGAUUCAGAAUCCAAUACAAGAGGCAGACUUCAAAAAUAGAUGAGGAAAAAAUGCUACACGAGAAAGUCGAAUUAAAAUGGGAGGAGCUACAAUCUAUCGUAGAGGAUUUCCAACUUUUAGAGCAACUUCGAUCCUCCUUAAUGAGCGGCGGAACUAUGGCAUUUAUCGGAUCUCGGCCUCGAACGCGUGAAAUUCUUCAGACGAGGAUGUAUACUAACGAAAUAUACGAAUGGCUAGCAGAGGUCAAAUUAGCAGAGACUCAUGAUGCAUCGGGAAUAGUGAGUAGUUACGAGGAAUUCGAAGAUAAUAUCGAUAGUGUUGAUCCUAAUCAAUUGGCACUAAACGGUUUAUCGAAUACUCGGCAACGAAUCACAAGUAACAAUCCUUCAUAAAACUAAACUGACGUGGCAAUAAUUAGUUACCGCAAGAUACUAUUUCCCUGCUGAAUAAUUUCAGCUUCAAGUUUAAUCUUUCCCAACCGUAGGAAUAAACGAGUAGUACAAUUUUUAUAACUAUGAAAACAGAAUACUUUUUGUUCAAUUUUUGUUUGUACAGAAAUAUUUGGUUCGCCAAACGAAAGUUUCGUAAGUUUUAAAUUUAUUUUAACCACGAAAUUAUUUUAAUGUAGGCAUUUUUAGCGGCUAUGUGCAUUGUGCAAACGAUAUUAUUCGUAUAGAAUUCCACAUUCUUGAUAAUUUCAUCAAUUAGCUAGUGUAGUUUUUUUAACGAGAACAUAUCACACAUUUUCAUAUUCAUUCCCAUUGUUUGUUUAUAUGCAUAAUUUUAUCUAUUAUUUAUGGCUUGUAAAUAACAUAGUAGUCUAUACUCUAUUAUCUAAUUUGCUUAGCAUAUUUACCAGAUGUGUACAAAUGUCAUUAUUUAGCUUCUUUUCGAGAUUUUUUUAACGUGACCGAUUAUUUAUACCGAAUUGUCUCGCGGUCCCGAUAUUUGGGAUCAGUAGUCAAAUAUUCUUUAAAAGCUUGGCCAGUAGUCCCAAAUUUUCGGAAUGAUUAGUUCGUCCAUUUUUCCAAAUCUCUAAAUUUUGCGAGUCGACCGCACGAAGGGAAGUUUCAAGAGAUUAAUUCACGGAAGCCUGUGAUUUUAGCGCUACAAUUUUUGCGUGCUUUAGAGAUUCGAACUCUUUGAUCUAAAAGCAUAAAAUUCGAGACCUAAGAGCAAAGGAGUGUGGCCUAAUGCCUGAAACUUCGAGACUUAUGCUUUAAAAGCAAGGAUUUAGAGAUAUUAUUUUUCGCACUAAAGCGUGAUAAAAUCAAGGAGCAGUGUCGUGAAUUAAUCUACUGGAAAUUCUCUCCGCGUAGUCGUAGCCUAUUUAUAAUUGUUUUAAGCAUAUAUAGUUUUAUUUAAUUUUAAGUGAAUUUUCGUUUUCACAAUCACGAUUGCCAAUUACCGUGCAUCACGUUACUUACAAUUGUGUGAUAUUAAUCCUAAUCCCGAAACAGAGCAAGAUUUGUAAUACGCGCCAAAGGCAUUUUCAUCUGUGGAUUAUUUAGUUUUUAGUUUUGCUUUUUUAAGUCAUUCUGAAUGAACAAAUUAAACUUCGGCUUUAGGAGUAAUUCUACCUAUCCAUUUUAUGUAUGUAUAUGAUACGAAGCAUGAAAUAACGAGUUAAAAAAAAAGUAUUUGGAUGUUUCUCGACGAGAAUUAGAUUUACAGAUAUUUAUUUGUAGAAGAAACAUUUUGUAUAGAAUUGACUGAAAUUGGGAGACAAAUUUUUGUAAAAUGUUUGAAAAUACUUUACUUUGCGAGGGCGCUUCUUUAUCUUUGUAUAAAAUUUUUUGACUUUUACAUGAAGGUAUGCGUUGUAAAAUUAUUUAUAGAAAAAAUGUAUGUACGCUUUGGUUAACCGAGCAUCGAAAUUUUUAUUCUAACAUUAGUCAACGUUGCUUUUGCACUUAUUGUGCUGGGGUUUUAAUUUUUACGACAGAUCAAACUUCUUGUACAAUACUGCGGAUUUUUUCAGAAAAUGUGUGGAUUUCAAAGAAACUUUUUUUCAAAACUAUAAUGCGAAAUCUUGAGGAUUAUUCUCAUUUAUUAGAUUUUUGUAUUAGUUAUUAUUAUUCUAGUUUUGUCUUAUCAAUAACUUUGAUCAAGUGAUUAUGGCUUAGAAUAAUUUGUGUCACGAGCGAUUACUCAUUUUUUUUACAGUAUUAGAUGAACGUGAUCGACACCGUGUAUUAGGGAAAACUUUUUAAUUGAGUAAAAGUACAGUUUGGCGAAACUUUUUUUUCUUAUUUCAGUCGUAAAAUCCGUUUAGACUAUUAAUAUUUAUCACAUUUCUUGUAAAAUGUAACCAGCUUCUUAAAGAUUGACUUCCAUGUAAAGCUUUACUGUUACAUUUAAGAAACUAAAAAUAUUUUAUUAGCAACACGAUUUUCGAGCAGCUGUCCAAAAUUUCUUUUAUAUGUACAAUUGUACUGUGAUACUAAACAUGAUUUCUACCUUAUGCAAACCAUUUUUACCAAUAAAAAACAAAUUUAAUCCAGAAA